AUGUUGCUGUUGAAGGAUGUUGAAGGACUCAGUGAGACAAGUGCUGAGGACAAGUUGGCGUCCAAGUGGAACAAGGCUGACUCCAAUGCAGUCAUUGUGGACGUCGACUGUACGACGGAUGAUGCGAAAGAUUUGUGCAGCAAGUAUGGCGUGCAGGGCUAUCCCACCUUGAAGUAUUUCAGCCCAAGGACGUCAAAGGAAGGCGAUACAUACGAGGAUGCUAGAGAUCUCAAGGCUCUGAACAAGUUUGUCAAGAGGGCCUCAAAGCUGCCGUGCUCACCAGACACGGGAGAGAACUGUGAUAAGAAGGAUAACGCAUACAUAGAGGAGAUUAAAGAUAUGCAGCUUGACAAAAUCAAGGAGGAGCAUGGCAAGCUAAAGAAGGAGUUAGAGGAUUUGGAGGCAGAGUACAAGGCCUCAAGCGAUCUCUUCGAGAAACAAAAGGAAGAAGCCAUGGCCACAAUGAAGAAGUCGGAGGAUCUCAAGAAAUCUUUGGGCAAACUUAAAGACAAGACCGGCUACAAGAUUGCCAUCUUGGAAGCCAAAAGCGCGAAGACCGAGCUCUAA